AACCCCUUCCCACCACCACCCGGACCCCACGGCCUCGGAGGGUUCCCCUUCACCCCCGCUGUCGUCGUCUCCUCCGCGUCCAUCGCGAAUCCCAGUAGUAGUAGUACCCCCUUCCUCUUCUUCUCUCCCUCCUCUCUCUAGCUCCACUCUCUCUUCUUCUCCUCAGUCGUCCCCGCCUGCUGCUUCUCGGAUCCCGGGGCUGCGGCGGCUGUGCCUGCGUCGGCGGCGCGGCUGCGAGUUGGGGCGGAGGGUGGGGGAGAAGCUAGGGUUUAGGCGGAUGGGGACGGCGGGGAAGGGGGCGUGGGUGGUGCCCGCGCCGGCGUACAGGGAGGUGGAGGGAUGGGAGGGCGCCGGGGACGACGCGCCGGGGUACCGCUGCGGGCACUCGCUCACCUUCAUCGCGCCAACGAAGGGACACGGCCCGCGCCUCAUCCUCUUCGGCGGCGCCACGGCCAUCGAGGCCGGCGCCUCCUCCGGCCUCCCAGGGAUCAGUUCGGUGCCCCCUCCCUCUCUCGCUCCCCCGCGGCUUGCCGGGGUGACGAACUCGGUGCACUCGUACGAUGUGGAGAAGCGGAGGUGGACCAGGAUGCAUCCAGCUGGAGAUCCUCCGUCACCGAGGGCUGCGCAUUCUGCAGCUGCUGUGGGCACGAUGGUUGUUUUCCAGGGCGGGAUUGGACCAGCGGGGCAUUCGACGGACGAUCUCUAUGUGCUUGACUUGACAAACGACAAGUUUAAAUGGCACAGGGUCGUUGUUCAAGGGGCUGGUCCUGGUCCUCGCUACGGUCAUUGCAUGGAUCUGGUAGCUCAGCGUUACCUUGUGUCAGUCUCGGGAAAUGAUGGAAAGCGGGUCUUAUCGGAUGCUUGGGCUUUAGACACGGCGCAGAAACCAUACAAGUGGCAGAAACUGAACCCUGAAGGCGACAGACCUUCGGCGAGAAUGUAUGCUACUGCCAGUGCACGCUCCGAUGGAAUGCUUUUACUUUGUGGUGGAAGGGAUGCUUCUGGAACGCCACUCUCUGAUGCUUAUGGACUACUAAUGCAUACCAAUGGCCAGUGGGAGUGGACCCUAGCUCCAGGGAUAUCUCCUUCCGCAAGAUAUCAACAUGCAGCCGUCUUCGUUGGUGCUCGGUUGCAUGUUACUGGAGGUGUCCUUAAAGGAGGGAGAGCUAUUGAAGGAGAGGGUGCAAUCGCAGUUCUGGACACUGCUGCUGGAGUUUGGCUGGAUAGAAAUGGCAUCGUGACCUCUCGCACGUUGAAGUCUUCCAACGAGCAUGAUGCUUCUUCAGAUCUACUUCGUCGUUGUCGUCAUGCAGCUGCUUCUGUUGGUUCUCAGAUAUACAUUUAUGGUGGUCUUAGGGGAGAUAUCCUCCUUGACGAUUUUCUUAUUGCUGAGAAUGCACCUUUCCAAUCGGAAACUGAUAGAGUCCCAAGGUCAGAAAAUCAAAAUAGAAAUCAUAAUUAUAGUUCUCACUCUCCGUCCUUCCAGCAAUAUACAAAUAACAGUCAUGAGACAGCUUCUGGCUUCAGCACGGAGAAGAAGUCAAUUGACAUGUUGACAGAGGCCUCAGCUGCCGAAGCUGAAGCUGUCAGUGCUGUGUGGCGAGCUGCAAAGGAAGCAUCUGCAGCAUCUUCAGAAGACAGUCUUUCGGAGGGAAUAGGGUCUGAGUCCCCUCUGAGUGAAACUUCACCAAUGGCGGAUGAUUUAGAUGAUGGAGGCUCCCUGGAACCAGAUGUGAAAUUGCAUUCUAGAGCGGUUGUAGUUGCUAAAGAAGCAGUAGGAGAUUUAGGAUGUUUAGUCCGACAGCUUUCACUAGAUCAAUUUGAGAAUGAAAGCAGAAGAAUGCAUCCCAACAAUGAACAAUCAUAUCAAUCGAGGAGAGCACUAAAUAGACAAAGGUCUCCACAAGGUUUGCAUAAGAAGGUCAUUUCGCUCUUACUUAGGCCAAGGAAUUGGAAUGCUCCUGCUGAUAGAACCUUUUUUCUGGAUUCGUAUGAAGUUGGCGAGCUAUGCUAUGCUGCUGAGCAGAUCUUUAUGCAGGAACCAACUGUUUUACAACUAAAAGCACCAGUUAAAGUAUUUGGUGAUCUUCAUGGGCAGUUUGGCGACCUAAUGCGCCUUUUUGAUGAAUAUGGUUAUCCAUCUACUGCUGGUGACAUAACCUAUAUUGACUAUCUCUUCUUGGGAGACUAUGUUGACCGAGGUCAGCACAGCUUGGAAACAAUAACGCUGCUUCUUGCUCUUAAAAUAGAAUACCCUGAAAAUAUCCACUUGAUUAGAGGAAAUCAUGAGGCUGCUGACAUCAACGCCCUUUUCGGCUUCCGCCUGGAAUGCAUUGAGAGAAUGGGUGAAAGUGACGGUAUAUGGGCUUGGACUAGAUUCAAUCAACUGUUUAAUUAUCUCCCGCUGGCUGCCAUGAUAGAGAAGAAAAUAAUCUGUAUGCAUGGCGGCAUCGGAAGGUCAAUAAACAGUGUGGAGCAAAUUGAGAAAAUUGAAAGGCCUAUCACCAUGGAUGUCGGAUCUAUAAUCCUCAUGGACCUUUUAUGGUCUGAUCCUACAGAGAACGAUAGUGUAGAGGGUUUGAGACCGAAUGCACGAGGGCCUGGCUUAGUAACAUUUGGGCCUGAUCGAGUGACAGAAUUCUGUAAGCGAAACAAAUUGCAAUUAAUCAUAAGAGCUCAUGAAUGUGUUAUGGAUGGCUUUGAACGCUUUGCCCAUGGACAGUUGAUCACUUUGUUCUCAGCAACUAAUUAUUGUGGGACUGCAAACAAUGCUGGCGCCAUACUUGUGGUGGGGAGGGGACUAGUUAUUGUCCCAAAGUUAAUUCAUCCACUUCCACCACCUAUUAAUUCUCCCGAGUCCUCCCCUGAGCGUGCCAUGGACGCCACAUGGAUGCAGGAACUUAACAUACAACGGCCACCUACACCAACCAGAGGACGGCCGCAUUCUGCCAGUGACAGGAACUCUCUUGCUUACAUAUGAUACAUAGCCGAACCACCUCCAUCUUCUUGACCCUGUAUGUUUGUCGUCAGAAUUUUUUUCUCAGCUGCAAGGUACAUACAUUAUACCUCAUGACAGAAAACCAAUAGAAGAUCGUGGGGCUCCCAAAUUGUCGAGAUAUUCCUGGUAGUUCAGUUUAUUGUGACUCAUCAAUGUUCAGUGCCGUUGAUCUAACCUCAGCUCCUCAUUAGAAGCUACAUACAUAACAGUUCUGGUCAUAGCUGAAGUUGCAUUGCUCCCUGUGGUUGUGCUUCAUUACUCAAAGGGGGCCAGUGGAAUGCCGUCAGAUAAUAUUUGGAAAGCAGGAGCAUGUGUACCCAUGUAACUUGUCGCGGAUUGCCUGUAACUGUAGUGCUGUACAUGGCUAGAUUGUUCAUCCUCAGUGCUUGUAAUGUUUGUUUUUCAUACCGUGUUUGUCGCAGUGUAGGACGCUGCUUUGCAUAGCGCAGUUAUACAUACAGGUUAAAGUUACCGAGGUAGACUGGCCGGAGCGUGAUGCUUGUAAGUGGAAUUGUGUAGUGAUUGAUUAAAUUUAUUGUUAUAGGCAUGUGCUCAAUAGAUUAAAGUCGUUUUAGUUA